GACGAGAUUCAAACGCACGAAGAUACUCAACUCUUUUCCGGUACUGUGCUAAAAGGCCACGUCUAAACCCGAGCCUACGGUUGCUUAGUUCUCCGUCAGCUUCUUGGUUCCCGGAAUCGGAAUCCUGUCUUCCACUCGUUCUAAAGGAUAGGAGCCUGGAUUGGCCAAGAUGGGUGUGAAACAAGAUGAGGGCAAUAAUGUGCCUCCAACCAAGAAAUCCGUACGCUUUAAUUUCUGUGACAAUAUAACUGAUGAACUCGAGAUAAAAAUGAACAAGUUUCUUAGAGGCAAAGCUAAUUUGGAGGCCUUGCAAGAUAAAAAGUUGAAGGGUCAACUUACUGUUCGAGAAGAAUUAUAUGGGAAAUCUGCACAAGCUGCUGCCAAAACCGAGAAGUGGCUUCUACCAAGUGAGGGAGGCUAUUUGGAGGCUGAAGGCACGGAGAAGACAUGGAGGAUCAAACAAGAAUCAAUUGCUCGUGAAGUAGAUAUAUCAAGCUCAAGGAAUCAAUUUGAUAUUAUCUUACCAGAUCUCGGACCGUACACGCUGGAUUUCACCUCAAGUGGUCGCCAUAUGGCAGUUGGUGGACGCAAGGGCCAUCUGGCUAUUGUAGACAUGAAGACUAUGGGGCUGAUUAAAGAAUUUCAGGUUAGAGAAACAGUGCGGGAUGUGGUGUUCUUGCACAAUGAUUUAUUCUUUGCUGCAGCACAGAAAAGGUAUCCCUAUAUUUAUAACCGGGAUGGCACAGAACUUCAUUGCUUAAAGGAACAUGGUGCAGUUUUAAGGCUUCAAUUCUUGAAAAACCACUUCCUUUUGGCAUCAAUAAACAAUUUUGGGCAGCUUCAUUAUCAGGAUGUGACAAUGGGUGAGAUGGUAGGUAGUUACAGGACAGGCAUAGGCCGUACUGAUGCGAUGCAGGUGAACCCCUAUAAUGGGGUUGUUGCUUUGGGUCAAUCACUUGGUACAGUUUCCAUGUGGAAGCCUACAAGCUCUGCGCCUCUACUUAGACUUCUAUGUCACAAGGGACCCGUCUCAGCAAUCGCAUUCCACCCUAAUGGCCAUCUCAUGGCGACAGCUGGGAAAGAGAGGAAAAUUAAGCUUUGGGACUUGAGGAAACUUGGGGAUGAACCGCUCCAAACCUUACCGGGCAAUGCAAAGACGUUGGAUUUUAGUCAGAAGGGUCUUUUAGCUUGUCAGCUGGGAAAUGGAUCAUCUGUACAAAUCUUGAGAGAUUUGGAUGGGAAUCAGACGUACAAGACAUACAUGAAUCAUGGAAUGGUUAAAGGUUUCCAAAUAGAAAAGCUGUUGUUUCGACCUUAUGAAGAUGUUUUAGGCAUAGGGCACUGUAUGGGAUGGUCCAGUAUUCUGAUUCCUGGUGCGGGGGAACCCAAUUUUGAUACCUUGGUGGCAAAUCCAUUUGAAACGUCUAAACAAAGAAGAGAGAGUGAAGUGCACUCUUUACUUGAUAAGCUCCCGGCUGAGACGAUUAUGCUGGAUCCUGCAAAGAUCGGCACAUUGAAGCCUGAGAGGAAGAAAGAGAAACCAACAAAGCAAGAAAAAGUGGCCGGGAUUGAAGCUGCUGUUGAAGUUGUGAAGGGCAUUAAACUGAAGAAGAAAACAAAGGGGAGGAGUAAGCCGAGUAAGAGGACGAUAAAGAAAAAGGAGUUAAUUGCAAAAGCAAAGAGUCCUUUCUUAGCGCAAGAAAUGAAAGAGGAAGAACAAGUAGCUAGAAAGAAGCAGAAAACGAUUGAAUAUGUGGAGCCACCAACAUCGUUGCUGCGGUUUGUCCGCAAGAAAGCAACUGCAUGAUUGUGCUAAUUUAAUUAUAGAUUUUUAAGCUCUUGUAUUGAACUCUGGAACUGUGAGCACUAUAUUGGAUCGGGACGGAUUCAGGAUUUUAAGCCAUUUUUUUCUUUCA